GCAAGUCUGCUCUGCUCCUUCUAUCGCGGACGAAGGACUCUUGCCGAUGGAUUUUUUUCUCCCUCUAUCAGUGGUCUUUAACACGAUCACAGUAUGCAGCACAAUGCUUUAAAACAGCAAAGCUUCUGGAAAACCCAAACAAAAGGAACGUCACCAGGUGACGUCAGCCUAUAUAGAGCCCUGUGUGGUCGCAGCGCAUAAGCAAACCCAUUCUUGUACCGCUUCCCUGAAAAGCUUUUCAGUAAAUGCACUCAUGCUACUACAGGAGCUUCUCUCAGCAAUAAGCCACCCAUCUGCCAUCAACAAGUUAGGACUAAAAGAAGCCACAGCUGCGGAAAAGGAAAACGUGAGCUUCAAUUAACCAGCUGAGCAGCCUCGGAGGACGAAAACUUGUAUUAAGAUUUAAAAAUUGCAGACCUGUCAGAGGAGAUCAAGGCAGCGAUUUCAAAAGGAAUAUUCCAAGAGAGCAUCGUGGAUUUGAUUUUGCACUAAUAUCAAAGGACACUAAACCCAGUCAAUUAUUCAAGGCUGUCUUACAUUAGAGCCUUUCACAGACUCACGGCGUUGAGUCUCAAACUACGACUGAAUGCACCCUCCAAUGUACUCAAAAGAAUGGGCUUACAUUUCAAGUGGCCAUUAGGGGCUCGUAUGCUGGCAGCACUAUAUGCAAUGAGUAUGGUUUUAAAAAUGCUGCCUGCCUUGGGCAUGGCUUGUCCACCAAAAUGUCGCUGUGAGAAGCUGCUCUUUUACUGUGACUCUCAGGGGUUUCACUCAGUGCCAAACACCACUGAAAAGGGCUCGCUAGGUUUGUCACUGAGGCACAAUUAUAUUUCUGAACUUGAAAGGGAUCAAUUUGCAAGCUUCAGUCAACUUACUUGGCUUCACUUAGAUCAUAAUCAAAUUGCAACAGUCAGAGAAGAUUCUUUUCAAGGACUGUAUAAACUUAAGGAAUUAGUCUUAAGUUCCAACAAAAUCUUUCAUUUGCCAAACACAACUUUUAGCCAGCUGCUUAACCUGCAGAAUUUGGACCUCUCUUUUAAUCAGUUAUCCUCUCUGCACCCCGAGCUCUUCUACGGCCUUCGCAAGCUACAGACCUUGCACUUGCGAUCCAACUCCCUGCGGACCAUCCCGGUCCGCCUGUUCUGGGACUGCCGUAGCCUGGAAUUCCUGGAUUUGAGCACAAACCGCUUGCGAAGUUUGGCUCGCAAUGGAUUUGCGGGAUUAAUCAAGCUGAGGGAGCUUCACCUAGAGCACAACCAGCUGACAAAGAUUAAUUUUGCUCACUUCCUCCGGCUGAGCAGCCUGCACACGCUCUUCUUGCAGUGGAACAAAAUCAGCAACUUGACAUGUGGGAUGGAGUGGACCUGGGGCACCUUAGCAAAGCUCGAUUUGACUGGAAACGAAAUCAAAGCCAUCGACCUCACCGUCUUUGAAACUAUGCCUAACCUUAAAACCCUUCUCAUGGAUAACAACAAGCUCACCACUCUGGAUUCCAAGAUCCUAAGUUCGCUGACAUCCCUCACCACCGUGGGCCUCUCUGGCAAUCUGUGGGAAUGCAGCCCAAAGAUCUGCUCCUUGGCCACAUGGUUGAGUGGCUUCCAAGGUCGGUGGGAGCACUCCAUCCUCUGCCAUAGCCCCGACCACACCCAGGGAGAGGAUAUUCUGGAUGCAGUGUAUGGUUUUCAGCUUUGCUGGAAUUUAUCGACUGUGGUUACACCCGUGGCUACGACGUACACCGCCCCGACUACUGAGUACACGAAAAGAAUCAGCUCUUCUCAUUUCCAUAUGGGAGACAAAGAGAUUCCAACUACGGCAGGCAUGGUCGUUACCACCGAAGAACAUUUCCCAGAGCCAAACAAUGCCAUCUUCACUCAGAGGGUAAUUACAGGAACAAUGGCUUUAUUGUUUUCUUUCUUUUUUAUCAUUUUUAUAGUGUUCAUCUCCAGGAAGUGCUGCCCUCCUACACUAAGAAGAAUUAGGCAGUGCUCAAUGAUUCAAAACCACAGGCAGCUCCGAUCCCAAACACGGCUGCAUAUGGCCAAUAUAUCAGACCAAGGACCCUAUAACGAGUACGAACCCACCCACGAAGGACCCUUCAUCAUCAUCAAUGGCUAUGGACAGUGCAAGUGCCAGCAGCUGCCCUAUAAAGAAUGUGAAGUAUAAUACCUACAGCCCAUCACAAAGUAAAUCAGAUAAGUAACCUAUUUUAAAAUUGUAGGGGACCUACAUCAGAUUCUAAUUUUUACAAAUGUUGACAUAAAGCCUAAUUUUCCAAGCUACUUAAUGGAAACAUUGUUUAUGGAGUGGUGCAGUAUUUUUAAGUUUUUUAAAAAAUAAAUCCAUAAUAUUUUCAGUGUUAAAGAAGCAAUGAUUACAUUAAACUUGCACUCCUAAUGUUUAAAAGUCUAAAGAGAUGCUCACCUCAAACUAUGUAAAAUGUUUCAUGUUAUGUAAUUAUAUGACUGUGUGUAAACAUUUAUACCCAAGUCUCCAUAUUCUACUUUUUCUAAUGAAAAGAGUCCGAGGGGAAGGACACUGUACAGGGAUCUGAGGGGGACGUACACUUCAUUUGUUCCACUGCAUCUGGAGGAUCCCAAACGCUGCAGCUGGCUCGGGGCACUUUAAAGGCAGCUGAGGAGGAAGAUUUAUUUUCCUUCUCUGAUAAUUUCACUCCAGUAAGAGAUGGCAGGGGAAACGGGGGAAAAAAAGCAGCAAAGGUCCAGGUGGGAAUUUCAGUGCACUGGGGAUCGGUGAAUUUGUUUUAAAUACAGUUUUGCUCUCUGCAUAUUCAUAGUUUGGCUCGGUGAAAGGGACAGCAGGCACAGAAAGGAGCAGUUCACAUGAGCACACACACAUGGGCAGGGUGGGCACACACAUGAACAGGACGACCCUCCAGGUGUUCCCAAAAUGGCCACGUAGCUUCUUUGGGGAGGCUCAGCACGACGGGAUCGAUUCUAAAUAUUAAGUACAUUCAAUACUUCUCAGCUCCCUGGUUUGACUUGAUGAUGCUUUUCAUGAAUUCAGGCUAAUUACUUAAUGACUGUGAACAAACAGCAUUUCGACACCUUUUCAUGUGUAAAUACCCUUAAUGCAAGGUUUUCUUAAUUAAAAGUAAAUACCACUGAUGAGGUUAAGAAGAAGAGGGAAGGAAGAAAGGAAGGAAGGAAGAAGCCUCUCUUUGUCCCCCCGCUGCCCCCCCAGCCGAGGCUUCCUCUCGACUGGAAGCUAUUUUCAUGCACUAACUCCACUGGUUUCUGUGGAGACAGAAUCAGCCCCUGUAAUAUAAGCUCUCACUUGUCCUCCUCUUCCAAAAUUCAAGAUUAAAAAAAACCCCUUCUGACAAGUUAGGAUAAUAUAAUUAGAUUAUAGAAUAGUUCACUGAAAAAUGUUUCGUUUCUUACUUGAUAUGGGACAGAAUCUAAACUAGUAUGACUUUUUAAAAGAUCGUAUAUAAAUCUAGAUACACACAUGCACCUCAUUCUAAGGAGUAAUUUGGUUUCUUUAGCCAGAAGUACCAUAUUGCUAUUUAUACUCUAUUAUGAAAUUAUAUGUAAAUAUUUGCAGAUCUAUGCAGCGAUGGUGGUACUCAGAUGCCACAAGGGUGGGGGGUGGGGGGUCUGCAAAGGAUUACAUUAUUUUUAAGUCAACUACUCAAUUAUUGUAAACAUUCUAACCAAAGCUAAAAGGUCCAGAGGGAUGGAGUAUUAUUUUAUAUAUAUAUACAUGUAUGUAUAACUAAAAAAUGUGUUGUGUCCAAUGCUGCAGUGUUAAACAAUUCCCAGCACAUCCCGAUGAAGAAACAAAAUUCCUCACAGUGUUGCCAUACCUUGAGCAAAUCCAUAAUUACAGUAUGCUAAUUGUGAUGUACUAAACUAUCCUGCAAACUUUUUAAACAGAAAAAGCACUGCAUAAAAAUCUGUUGGCUAUUUCACUCUGCUUUUCUCUAUCUGUAUUACCACUUGGUGAGGUAUUUAGGGUGCAAUUAUACAACAGUUCAAUGUUUUCUUGUGAGAUGAAUUUGUCCAAGGCAAUUAUAGCAAGACAAGUGACUUCUGUUAAGAUUUUACAUAAAGGUUUUUCAAUUACUGCGUUUGAAUAUAUUAAUUUGCAUAAUUUUACUUUUACAUACAGUGCCCUUAUAAAACCAAUAUUUUGUUUACUUCCCAUGACCCUGUAUUUUAGUGGAAGAGAUCCAGUGAAGCCUAAUGGUUUUCCACAGAGAUACCUUUGAACCCUUGUAACUGUUAAUACUACAAUGAGUCCAUUUACACCUAUUCUAGGCAAUUAAUUUCUGCUUUUAACUGACUACAAAAAAGUCCUGCGGGGUAGGUGGACAAAGAGCAAAUGUUCUGUAUGAUUAAAUCCCACGUGAGGCAGCAGGUCAGACCUAAACUGAGAAAUGCAAACCCAUAUUGGUAUCCAGGGGGUUUUAGCUGCUUGUAGAAAGACCUGCUUCAUUCCUUCCCACAAAUAGGAGCUCACAGCUCUUCCCUGAGGUCCAGGCUGCUGCUCUGCUCGGGCAUUGCUGCCAGCAGGGACCUGCCCUGGCUGUGCACCUCCCUCACCUCACCCAGC